CAACUGACAACACGUUGACAACACGCAAGCAAAAUGUUCAGCAAAAUCUUCGCAUUUGGUGCUAUGCUGGCUGCGGCCAAUGCCGGCCUUUACCAUGGACACGGUCACGCUGUCUCGUCUCAGAGCAUCGUACGACACGACGGUCACGCCACCCCAGUGUACCAGGGGCAUUAUGCACCUUUAGCUUAUUCUGGACAUUACGCUCCCGCUGCUGUCUAUGGUGGUCAUGAUUACUAUGCUCAUCCCAAAUACGACUUUUCGUAUUCCGUGGCUGACCCUCACACUGGUGACCACAAGUCGCAGCACGAGAGCCGCGACGGCGACGCUGUGCACGGCUCCUACUCAUUGGUCCAGCCUGAUGGCUCUGUGCGCAAGGUCGUUUACAGCGCUGACGACCACACCGGAUUUAACGCCGUUGUUCACAACUCUGCGCCCUCCGUCCAUCCUCAGCACUACUAUCACCAUUACCCGACCUUGCGACCGCGGGGACGAUCCGUGAAGCGCUCUCGACGCCCCACCGGAGAUACUAUUCUUAUAAAACCCUCGGAUUAUCAUCGAGAGUAUCAUAGCAAAAGAUUACAUUCCAACGCUAAAAUGUUUAGUAAAAUUCUUACGUUUGUAGCUGUGAUAGCGGUGGCCCAUGCUGGGCUUCUCAACGGUGCUUACGGCGGAUAUGGAGCAGCGUAUGGUGGCGCACAGUACGCCCCAGGUGGUGCCCUUGGCCUCGCCGGAGGACUCGUUCCAAGAGCUCCUUUCCCGAAUGCAGCAACUCUUGCACAUGUAGCUUCAUUUGCUCAAGGUGGUCCAUUGACUCACCCAGCUUCAUUGACCCAUGCUGCUCCUUUCGGUCAAGCCGGUCCUGCAACCUACCCAACUUCUUUAGCCCAUACUGCUCCUUUAGCUUACACUGCCCCUUUAGCUCAUCCACCACCUUUAGCACAUGCCGGUCCUUUGUCACACCCUGCGCCACUGACCCACGCCGCGCCUUUAGCUAACGUUGGUUCUUUGGCCCACGCCGCACCUUUGGCCCAAGUCACUCCUUUGGCCCACGCUGGUCCUUUAGCACAUGCGGCUCCUCUGGCCCAUUCCACAUCUUUGACCCACGCAUCUCCUUCUGCCCACGCCACACCCCUCGUCCAUUCUGCACCAUUAGCACAGAAUUCUUUAUUGGCUCGCGGCGCAGGUCCAGUAGUCCAUGCUACAUCCUCAGUUCAAUCCAAUUCUGUUGCCGUUGCCGCACCUCUCGCCCGUGCAGGCCCCCUUAAUUAUGGUGUACCUUUAUCCCACGCUGGACCACUAGCACACGCUGCUCCUCUAGCGCAUGUUGCUCCACUUGCCCAUGGUGUACCUCUAGCUCAUUCUGCUCCUUUCCGACAUGGUGCAUCUCUAACGUACGGUGGAGCCCAUGGACGUUCCCAUGGCCACCUUGGGGGAUAUUCUGGAAACGGACAGCAUGGAAGCUACAAUGACUACUACUCACACCCUCAAUACCAAUAUUCGUACUCCGUGGAGGACCCUAACACCGGUGACCGCAAGGCCCAGCAUGAGACACGCGACGGCGAUGUUGUGAAGGGGGAAUACUCGCUCUUGCAGCCGGAUGGUACCUUCAGGAAGGUUCACUACACCGCUGAUGACCGCAACGGAUUCAACGCAGUCGUCCACAAUUCAGGUCCCAGUCACCACGUGUACUCUUCUCAACAUCAUCGCCAUUGAUACCAUCGUCCGAUCUUUUAAUAACCCAAAGUUUUUUUUUUAUUUAAACUCGCAUUCGUUGAU